UGGCUGAUGUUUUUAUCCUCGGCUCUGUGCUGCUGCAUGGCUGAAGGUGAAGUGUGUUUCAGUCUCCCAGUCCAACAUGUCAUCCAGUGGACUUUUAACCAUGCGCGCUCAGAUGUGUAAACGCCUGGCUCACAAGUACCUGUCUAGAACCUACUCGUCUCGCCCUUCUCUCAAUGAAGUCGUCAUUGUCAGUGCAGUCCGCACUCCAAUGGGCUCCUUCAAAGGCAGCCUGGCAGCGGUACCAGCCACCAGACUGGGCUCCAUCGCCAUUAAAGGAGCCGUCGACAAAGCAGGAAUCGCUCCUGAAGAGGUGAAGGAAGUCUACAUGGGCAAUGUUCUUCAGGCAGGUGAAGGACAGGCCCCCACAAGACAAGCCUUGCUUGGGGCAGGACUGACCCUCGGUACUCCAGCAACAACCAUCAACAAAGUCUGUGCCUCCGGGAUGAAGUCCAUCAUGUUGGCAGCUCAGAGUCUAAUGUGUGGACACCAGGAUGUGAUGGUGGCUGGCGGCAUGGAGAGCAUGUCCAACGUUCCCUAUGUGAUGUCCAGAGACACUCCGUCCUACGGAGGAGUGAAGAUGGAGGACCUCAUCGUCAAGGACGGACUCACUGACGUCUACAACAAAUUCCACAUGGGCAACUGUGCAGAAAACACAGCGAAGAACAGCAGCAUCAGCAGAGAGGAGCAGGACGCCUACGCCAUCGCUUCCUACAGCCGCAGCAAAGCAGCGUACGAGUCGGGUGUCCUGGCCAAGGAGAUCGUACCCGUCAGUGUUCCUCAGAGAGGAAAACCUGAUGUGGUGGUAUCUGAGGACGAGGAGUGGAGGAGGGUCGACUUCAGCAAAGUUCCCAAACUGAAGGCAGUGUUCCAGAGAGAGAACGGCACAGUGACGGCAGCCAAUGCCAGCACACUGAACGACGGAGCUGCUGCUCUGGUUUUAAUGACGGCAGAUGCGGCAAAGAGACUCAACGUCACUCCACUGGCCAGGAUCGUCUCUUUUGCUGAUGCUGCUGUUGCACCCAUUGAUUUCCCCAUUGCUCCUGCAUUCUCUGUCCCAAAGGCCCUUGACGCAGCAGGGCUGAAGAAGGAGGACAUCUCCAUGUGGGAGAUCAACGAGGCCUUCAGCGUGGUCGUGUUGGCCAACAUCAAGAUGUUGGACAUCGACCCCACAAAAGUCAACGUCAACGGGGGAGCCGUGUCUCUGGGACACCCCAUCGGGAUGUCCGGGGCGAGAAUCGUGGGCCACAUGGUGCACAACCUGAAGUCAGGCCAGUACGGGCUCGCCGGCAUCUGCAACGGAGGCGGAGGAGCUUCAUCCAUUAUAAUCCAGAAGAUCUAGGAAGCUUUUCUCUCUGUUAAACUGUGUUCACUGACUGUUGAUUCCUAAUAGGUAAAGCGUCUGUAAACUCCCUUUUUACUGUGAAGAAUGCUGUUACAGCUUUACCGCCCGUGGCCUUACUCACAGCAGAGUAGGACCACAGGACAUCAUGACUCCAGUGUUUCAAACACUCCUUUGUUCCAUGAAACAUAUCGGGCAAAAAAUAGAUUCAUAUUUAAUUCUGGAUUGAAAUGUUUCAUUAAAUAGUUUGUAUGAA